GAUUAACUUCAAGGUAAUAGAAAAUUUAACCUUUCCACUCAUGGCCCACUAACCCUUCACAUGCUUUUAGGUGAAUUACAGGUGACAGCUAGCAAACUGGACUGUUUUGACCCUUCAGGUAGAGGUGUGCCCUGUCCGGUCCCAUUACUCCGCCCCCCAUCCAAUGGUGGGGUAUCUGGCAGGCCCUGGAGGAAGAGAAGGAGGUGGAGGUGUUCCUGCCAGGGACUGGGCAAUGGAUGGGCGGGGUGAUGACAGCAGAGUGCUCUUAUUUGCCAGUGACCAGGGACAACUUCCGCUUGACCCGCCCACCUUCACUAGCCGCUCGCAGGAGGGGUGGUUCACCAUGGCAACCGGCGUCUGCGUCUAGGAAGUAGACUCCGCUGGGCGUUGCGGUUCCCGGUCACCGCCACCCCAAGGAGACUUGAAGAUGUAUAGCCAGCGGUUUGGCACUGUCCCCAGGGAAUUUAAAGGCCCCACUCCCAAGGCGGUGAUCAUAAGGGCCAAGCCUCCCAAGGCUCAAAGGGCUGAGCAACAUCUGAAAAGAAUCCAGCGCAGCUACCACAAGUAUCACACUACUUUGGCGUCCAUCAAGUCCAAUGAGCAGGACCGCCUGAGAAGCGACUGGCUCCAGCACAAUGACCGCAAGUACUUUGACAGCCUCGUGCGAGCGAGAACCAAGGAUGCCAUGCAAGGCUUCAUCCUCAACACCGAAGAGAGGCGCAACAAGCUACGUGAACUUUUGGCAUCAGAAGAAAAUGAGUAUUUUACCGAAAUGCAAUUGAAAGGAGAAACCAUUGAAGAGAAAAAAGACAGAAUGAGAGAGAGAACCAAGUUUUUACGGGAGAAGAAGGAAAAAGAGAGGCAGGAUUUUGUAGCUGAAAAGUUAGAGCAGCAAUUCAGGGAACGCUGUGAGGAGCUCCGCAGUAAGCUGAUCAGCGUCCACGAGCUGAGGGUGGGCGAGGAACGGAAGGCCCAGGUGGCCUUCAACGAGGAGCUGAAGAGGCAAAACCUGGUGGAAGAGCAGCUGUACGCCAGGCUCUGGGAGGAAGACAGACUAGCCAAGGAGAAGCGAGAAGCUUCCGAGGAGAGGAGACAGAAAGCACUGGUGGAAGAUACACGCCUGGGGCUGGAUGCACAAGUCACCAGCAACCAGGCACAAAAGCAGGCUGCACAGCGGAUGAAGGAAGAGGAGGCCCGCCUCCUGGAGAAGAACAAUGCACAGGUUAAGCUAGAGAAGGAGCAAGAGAAGCUCCGGAAACAGAAGUCCAAACGGGAAACCAGGAACAGUUUGCAAAAGGCUGUGCAGGAGAAGCUGGAGUCUCUGCAGCAGGGGCACAGAGAGGAGCAGGACCUGAACAUGAAACUCGUGGGAAGGGCCCUUCAAGACUUGCAAGAGGAGGCAGAUAAGAAGAAGCAGAAGAGAGAAGACAUGGAAAGAGAACAGAAGAUAUACAAUGACUAUUUGAAGCAGCGACGAAUGGAAGAGAAAGCCCAAGAGAAAGAACUAGACAGAAUACUAGAGGACAUAAAGGCCAAGAAGCAGGCUGAGAAGGAUCAGGAGCUGGCCCUUGAAAGGGAGGCAAGGAAGCGACUCCAGAAUGAAGUCAUGUGUACAAGAAAACUCCAAGUUCAAGAAAAGAUGCAACGAAAACUCAAAGAACAAGAAGAAUUGGCUAUAGAACAAGAACGUAUAAAUGAAGGCCUGAAAGAACUUAACUGUGAAGAGAGGGAGAGUUUUGCCAGGCGCUGUGGUUUGGCUAAGGAGUAUAGGAAUCAACUUCGGAUGCAAAUUGCCUACCAGCAGCAGGCUCUAGAAGCGGAGAAGGAAGAGAAACGCCAGGAAUUUGAAGCAGGGAUGGCAGCAAACAAAGCCUGUCUGGACAGGAUCCAGGAGAUCCUCUCAGAGCAUCAAGCUCUGUCUCAGAAUGUCCACCCCAUGCGCAGGGCUUGCCCUGACAAGCUUCCAAGAUAGUGUAUUAAACAUCAAUGCACAGUUUCUGGGUCUUUCAGUGUUUUGUAACUACACCUUUUAGCUAAUGGAUAAACUCUUAUUCUCUGUGUUUGUAUACUUUAUUAGACAUAAUUACCAUCCUUCAAAUAAAUGUGUUUUUUGUUUAGAUACUAGUCAAUUCUUCAUUGCCAUGACAUUCCCAACUUAACGAGAGGAAAGACUGAUUUUAGCUUCUGGUUACGGAGUUUUCAGUACAGCUUGUCUGGUUUUACAGGAUGUGAAGUCCCUGUAUGGUACUGUACCAAAACCCUGGAGACAGGAAUUAGUAAAGGAAAUGGGCUUGCUUAUAGU